GAAAAAACCGUUACUAAAGCAGAACCAACAAUCUAUCAGUUAGUUAUGUUCAUUCCUCACAAAUCUCACUCUUUCUGCAAUCUUCUCUUUAGGGUUUCAAUCUGAUCCAGUUCUUCACAACAAAUGAAUCACCAACAGCAACCGGAUCGUCAUCCUUGAUUCCACUCACAAACAGAAUUAAAUAUGGCUGAAUUCAGAUCCGAAAGAGGGAUUACACAUAGGCGAAAUGGAGGAAUGAGUUCAAUGGAGUCUCGUCGAUGGGUGUUUCAGAACGAGGAAGAUUCAGAGGUCGAUUUCGAGGACAAUGAUGGUCGUGAUGGAGAUGAUAUCAUGUUGCAUAAUGAUAUGGAUUCGGAUGAAGAAGAUAGUUUGUACCAGAAGUUGAUUCGCACUGGCCCAAAUAUUGAUUCGUUCGGUGUUGAAGCUCUUGAAGUUCCUGGCGCUCAGAGGAUUGAUUUCGAAGAUGCUAGUUUUGGGAAGAGUAUUUUUCUGGUUUGUCAGACGCUCGGUGUUGUUUUUGGGGAUGUUGGAACAAGUCCACUCUAUACCUUCAGUGUGAUGUUCAGCAGGGCUCCAGUUGAAGGAAAUGAAGAUAUCAUUGGAGCUUUAUCUCUUGUUUUAUAUACAUUAAUUUUGAUCCCAUUCAUCAAGUACAUACUCAUUGUUCUUCUAGCAAAUGAUGAUGGCGAAGGUGGUACAUUUGCUUUAUACUCACUAAUAUGUAGGCAUGCUAAGGUGAGUCUUCUGCCAAAUCAGCUAGCUUCGGAUACACGCAUAUCAAGCUUCAGACUGAAGGUGCCAUCUGCGGAACUUGAGAGAUCAUUGAAAAUAAAAGAGUACCUUGAAACUUCUUUGGCUCUCAAAAAACUUGUUUUAGGGAUGGUUCUUGCUGGUACCUCCAUGGUCAUAGCUGAUGGGGUUGUUACACCCGCAAUGUCAGUAAUAUCCGCUGUUCGUGGUUUAAAGGUUGGAGUUCCUACGGUUGAGCAAGAUCAUGUAGUGAUGAUUUCGGUAGCAUAUCUUAUCAUUUUGUUCAGUGUACAAAAAUAUGGAACGAGUAAAGUUGGGCUUGUUAUUGGCCCCGCGUUAUUUAUAUGGUUUUGCUCUCUUGGGGGGAUCGGCAUCUACAAUCUUGUGAAACAUGACAGCAGUGUUGUGCAAGCUUUUAAUCCUGCGCACAUCUAUUACUACUUCAAACGCAAUUCAUAUAAAGCGUGGUACUCGUUGGGCGGAUGCCUUUUAUGUGCAACCGGUUCAGAAGCAAUGUUUGCGGAUCUUUGCUAUUUUCCUGUGAGAACAGUCCAGAUUACUUUUGUUUUUCUUGUACUUCCCUGCCUUAUGCUGGGUUACAUGGGUCAAGCCGCAUACCUAUUGGAUAAUGGUGGUGAUGCAACACAGGCUUUCUUUUCCUCCAUCCCUUAUGGUGCUUUUUGGCUGGUGUUUCUAAUUGCUAAUAUAGCUGCACUGAUCGCUAGUAGAACAAUGACGACAGCAACUUUCUCUUGUAUCAAACAGUCAACAGCCCUCGGUUGCUUUCCUCGCCUGAAAAUUGUGCAUACAUCACGCAAGUUCAUGGGUCAGAUCUAUAUACCUACCAUUAACCGGUUUCUCAUGGCCUCUGCUGUGAUACUUGUCUGCACCAUUGCAAAUGCCAAUGAGAUAGGGAAUGCAUAUGGUAUUGCUGAGCUUGGAAUAAUGAUGAUGACUACUUUCUUAGUUAUCCUAGUGAUGCUUCUUAUAUGGCAGAUUAACAUAAUUAUCGUCGUCCUAUUUUCUUUAACUUUUCUCGGAUUGGAGUUGGUAUUCUUUUCAUCAGUGUUACGUGGCAUCGGGGAUGGAAGUUGGAUCAUAUUGGUGUUUGGUAUAGUUUUGUUUCUUAUAAUGAGCAUCUGGAACUACGGUAGCACACUUAAGUACGAAACAGAAGUCAAGAAAAAGAUGUCAAUGAAUGUAUUACGCGGUUUGGGGUCCAGUCUUGGAACUGUGAGAGCUCCGGGUAUUGGCUUGGUUUACAAUGAGCUUGUGAAAGGGGUGCCUGCGAUAUUUGGACAUUUUCUGACUACUCUGCCAGCUGUCCAUUCAAUGGUGAUUUUUGUGUGCAUAAAGUAUGUCCCUGUUCCUGCUGUACCUCAGGAUGAGAGAUUCUUGUUUAGGCGCGUCUGCUCCAAAAGUUACCACAUAUUCCGUUGCAUUGCCAGGUAUGGAUACAAAGACGUUCGUAAAGAGAACCAACAAAUAUUCGAGCAGCUGCUGAUUGAAAGCCUCGAAAAAUUCAUUCGUCGUGAAGCUCAAGAAAAAUUAUUAGAGAGUGAAGGGGAUGAUGUUGAUUCUGAUUUUGAGGAGGACCCGUCUAGCGUUCUUGUUGGUCCAAAUGGCAGCGUCUAUUUUGGUGUCAGUGGAACCGACAUUACAAUCCCAGAAGCAAGCACUUCUAAUGAGCCUGAGCCUGAGCCUGAGAAGAUGGCAACCACCUUAGAUCCGGAGCAAAGCCUUGAAAACGAGCUUGCUUUCAUACACAAGGCUAAGGAGUCGGGGGUGGUUUAUCUUCUGGGGCAUGGAGAUAUUCGGGCUAAAAAAGAAUCAUGGUUCCUUAAAAAGUUGAUCAUCAAUUAUUUUUACGCGUUCAUGAGGAAGAACUGCAGGAGGGGGAGUGCAACUUUGAAUGUUCCUCGUACGCACUUGAUUCAGGUGGCCAUGACUUACAUGGUCUAAGUUUAUUAAUGAUGAUAUAUACUUGUUGAUC